AUGGGGUGUAAUCUAAGUAAGAGUGUGAAUGAUGUGAGAGGAAGUAAGGUAACUCAUGUGAAUAGUAAAAAAAUUAAUAAUAAACGAGAAGAUACAGAGGAUGGGGAAGAAAUAGCUAUAAAUCCUGGUAUGUAUGUUAGAAAAAAAGAAGGUAAAAUUGGUGAGUCCUAUUUUAAAGUUCGUAAAUUAGGUAGUGGGGCAUAUGGUGAGGUUUUAUUGUGUAAAGAAAAAAAUGGACAUGGUGAAAAAGCCAUAAAAGUAAUAAAAAAAUCUCAGUUCGAUAAAGGAAGGUACACAGAUGAUAAUAAAAAUAUAGAAAAGUUUCAUGAAGAAAUAUAUAAUGAAAUAUCAUUACUUAAAUCAUUAGACCAUCCAAAUAUAAUAAAAUUAUUUGAUGUAUUUGAAGAUAAAAAAUAUUUUUAUUUAGUUACAGAAUUUUAUGAAGGAGGAGAAUUAUUUGAACAAAUUAUUAACAGACAUAAAUUUGAUGAAUGUGAUGCAGCAAAUAUUAUGAAGCAAGUAUUAAGUGGCAUAUGCUAUUUACAUAAGCAUAAUAUUGUACAUAGAGAUAUAAAACCUGAAAAUAUAUUAUUAGAAAAUAAGAAUAGUUUAUUAAAUAUAAAGAUAGUCGAUUUUGGCUUAUCAUCUUUUUUUUCAAAGGAUUAUAAAUUACGAGAUCGGUUAGGUACUGCAUAUUAUAUAGCUCCUGAAGUUUUAAAAAAAAAAUAUAAUGAAAAAUGUGAUGUCUGGUCAUGUGGUGUAAUUAUGUAUAUUUUGCUUUGUGGGUAUCCGCCUUUUGGUGGACAAAACGAUCAAGAUAUUAUAAAAAAAGUUGAAAAAGGAAAAUAUUAUUUCGAUUUUAAUGAUUGGAAAAAUAUUAGUGAUGAAGCUAAAGAAUUAAUUAAAUUAAUGUUAACAUAUGAUUAUAAUAAAAGAUGUACAGCUGAGGAAGCUUUAAAUAGUAGGUGGAUUAAAAAAUAUGCAAAUAAUAUUAAUAAAAGUGAUCAAAAAACAUUAUGUGGUGCUUUAUCAAAUAUGAGAAAAUUUGAAGGAAGUCAAAAGCUAGCUCAAGCAGCUAUACUUUUUAUUGGUAGUAAAUUAACUACAUUGGAAGAAAGAAAAGAACUUACAGAUAUUUUUAAAAAACUUGACAAAAAUGGGGAUGGACAGUUAGACAAAAAGGAACUUAUAGAAGGAUAUAAUGUUUUGCGAAAUUUUAAGAACGAACUUGGUGAAUUAAAAAAUGUGGAGGAAGAAGUUGACAAUAUUUUGAAGGAAGUGGAUUUCGACAAAAAUGGAUAUAUCGAAUAUUCCGAAUUUAUUUCCGUGUGCAUGGAUAAGCAAAUUUUGUUCAGUGAGGAGAGGUUAAGAAGGGCCUUCAAUUUAUUUGACACUGACAAAAGUGGAAAGAUCACAAAAGAAGAGCUUGCCAAUCUAUUUGGCUUGACUUCAAUUAGCGAAAAAACAUGGAAUGAUGUUUUAGGGGAGGCUGACCAAAACAAAGACAAUAUGAUCGAUUUCGACGAGUUCGUGUCAAUGAUGCACAAAAUUUGUGACCACAAAACACUUUAA